AUGGACGACAUGCUCUCUCCCUCCCACAGUCUCCUAUACAAUCUCUCUGUCCUCCGAGACAAGGUCCAGCAAUUGGAAACAAUUGCGGCUGCAGCUCUCUCUCCGAAUCCAAUCCAACAGGAAUCUAUAGCUAUGGAAAUCUCGAGUGCCGGAAAUAUUGUUCAGCAGAUCAUCACUGCAGCCUCGUCGACAGCGUAUAUUCUCCAACAAAUAAGCCUCGAUGCUGCUGUCAUGAGACAUGAUCUGCCUCAGCAUCAUCAAACGAAAGUUUUGUACCAGCAGGGAUCCACCGAAGCCAUGAACCACGUCUUCCACAACAACUUGGAAGGUGGUAGGAGUAGUUCCAUCUUUAGUUUUGAAGUCCAAUAUCACAAUGCCAACCAGAGCACCAAUGCUAAUGAUCAUGGCAUAAAUAAUGUCGGUAGUGGUGGUAAUGGUGCUAAUACUAGAGAUCAUCAAAACAUGGGAAUGCCUCGUGAGGUCGAAAAAUGCAAGGAAUCAUCACAAACUUUUUCGCUAAAUGGAUGCGAUGGCAUCAUUGAAAUGGACGCUGCUGCUCUAUUGGCCAAAUACAGUCACUACUGCCAAGUGUGUGGCAAGGGGUUCAAGCGAGAAGCGAACUUAAGGAUGCACAUGAGAGCGCAUGGGGACGAGUACAAGACGGCCGCAGCUUUGAGCAAUCCCAUGAAGAAUAGUGGCGGCUCCAUGGCACAGAAGGACGGUGGAUCAGCACAGAGGUAUUCGUGUCCUCAAGAAGGGUGCAGGUGGAACAAGAACCAUGCCAGUUUCCAGCCACUCAAGUCGAUGGCAUGUAUGAAGAACCACUACAAGCGCAGUCACUGCCCGAAGAUGUAUGUAUGCAACCGGUGCAACCACAAGAAGUUCUCGGUGCUGUCAGACCUCCGAACGCAUGAGAAGCACUGUGGGGAUCGCAGGUGGCGGUGCUCAUGCGGGACCAACUUCUCAAGGAAGGAUAAGCUCAUGGGCCAUGUAGCUUUGUUCUCUGGUCAUACUCCAGUUACAAGUUUCUUGGGAAAGUGA